AUGUUCAUUAAAUCUCUUCCGUCUAAUCAGCCAGGUCUUGCUGGAGCAUACAAUGGAGUAGCAUGUGUCUAUUCGGAAAAGAAUGAAUUGAAUCUUGCACUAGAAAACUAUGGAAAAGCUUAUGAAAUUCGUCAAAAACAAUCACCAUCUUAUCCUUCGUUGAUUGUUGCAUCGCUUCAUAAUAUUGCAAAUAUUCUUUCAGAAAAGAAAAUGUUCGAUUCAGCACUUGAUUAUUUUCAACAAGCAUUUCAACUUGAAGAAACAACUUGUCCUAAUGAUCGUGAACAAAAAGCGAUUAUACUUCAAAAUAUGGAAAGUACAUAUCUAGAAAAAGGUGAUAUAGAUACGGCUCUUGAUCAUUUGUUACGUACACUAAACAUACUUCAAGAUCGUUUGCCUGCCGAACAUCCGAAGAUUAGCACAUGUCUUGGUCAUAUCGGAUUUGUCUAUGAAACUCAGAGUGAUUAUACCAAAGCGCUUGAUUAUUAUCAUCAAGAAUUCGAGAUGAACAAACAUUGUUUACCAUGUGAUCAUUCUCAUCUAUCAAAAGAUUUAAAUCAAAUCGCCAUUACAUACACAAAGGACAAUCAGACUAAGAAAGCACUGGAGUUUUGUCUUAAGGAACUCAAACAUCAAAAAUCCAUUUUUAAUCAUCAUCAUCCUCGUAUUGCCCGAGUAUUGAUGACUAUAGCGACAAUACUACUCAACGAAAAGUAUUAUAAGAAAGCUGAGGAGUAUUACAACGAAGCUCUAUCGAAUCUUCGACAAUCAAUACCAAUUGAUCAUCAACCAAUUGCUAAAUGUCUCACAAGUUUAGGUCGUCUUCAGGCAAUUUAUAAAAAUUUUCAACCUGCUUUGCCAUAUCUUCUUGAAGCUUUGACUAUUUAUCGUCAAUGUUCAUCAUUGGAACAUGUUAAUAGUGCCGAUGUUUGUAACAUAAUUGCUCUUUGUUAUGAAAGACUAAAUCAACCAGCAGAAGCAUUGAAUUAUUUUAAUUAA